AUGGUCAGCAUUGAUAAGCUUUCAAAUGAAGCUAAGAAUGACUUGUCAGCCUUAAGAAGCUUAAAAGAUAAGGUUGACCUCAAUGAGGCCAUUGUCACUAAGGCCGAUAAAGAACAACCUGGCCCUUCCAACUGUCAACAACCAACUGAAGAAAAUGAUGACGGUACCAUACAAAACAAACAACCACAAUAUGAUGAAGAGGAUGAAAGUGAUGAUGAGGAUGAUUAUGGGGAUAACACUGAUGAUGAUGAUGAGGUGUAUAGAACCCAAGAUAGUAUCACUGAUGAUGAUGGAGGUGGUAAUGAAGAUGAUAAUGAUGAUGCAUCUGAUGUUGAAUUUUUGUUGGACGACCAUCAUGAAAGAGAACAACAAUUAAAUGAGACUACAGCUAUGGGGAGUGAUUUUUUUUAA